AUGAAUAUUGACGAGUACUUUUUGAGAUCCCGGGAUAAGAUGGCGUCGAAACAAGACCACAACUCUGCUGAGGAUAGCGAGUUGGGUGCUACUGCUAGCAUGACCGUCUCGCCCCCGGCGGAGGAAGAGCGGCAAACGCCACGGGAAGACGCUAGAGACGUGGUCCUCGACGCCGCUUUUCGACAAGCUAUUCAAGAAAUUACGGCGAAUAUAACCAAGGUGAUUGAUGAAAGACUUGGCCCGCUGUCUCAAACGGUGCAGGCCCACGCCCAACAGCUGAAAAAGAUCGAGGAGAGAACCACCGAGGCGGAGGGCAGGAUCGCCGCGGCUGAACACACCUAUGAGGCGGUGGACUCGCGGGUCCAGGUGCUUGAAAAACAAAUACGAAGCAUGGCCGAGCAGAUCGACGAUCUCGAGAAUAGAGGCAGGAGAAAGAAUGUCCGGGUGGUUGGCUUACCAGAAGACACCGAGGGGAACGACCCGACAAAGUUUUUCCAGAGCUGGAUUCCAGACCUCCUCGGGAUGGAGACGAAAGCUGGCCGCAUCAAAAUUGAAAGAGCUCACCGCACCCUGGCGUCCAAGCCCGGACCGAACCAGCGACCACGACCCGUCCUGAUCAGGUUUCACAACUUCGCUGACAAGCAGAGGGUGUUGGAUGCUGCACGGCGUCGUGGGACGGUGAAGCACGGGGACUCCACCAUCAUGUUCUUCCAGGAUCUGUCAGCUGCGGUGCUGCGCAAACGGAAGGGCUUUGACGAGGUGAAGAAACGCCUGUGCGACAUUGGAGUCAAGUACAUGAUGCUCUACCCGGCUACACUCAAGAUAAUCCGAGGUAAGGACACCAGAAGCUUUGACUCUCCGGCUAAAGCGGCGGCGUUUGUUGACACUCUCAACUGAUCUACACGCGGAUCAUCAGCUGAUCACCAGCUGACGUUUGUUUACAUUUGGAUGAGAGUUCGGACAUUUAUAUGGGCAAAACUAUUCGAGUUAGUCUCUUUUUUCGGUCAGCCCAAUGUUAUCUAAGGGUGGACAAUACUACUGUGUGGUGUGGGCGGGGCUCGGAGUUGUAAAAGUUAACCGAGUUAGAGGUGGGUAGAAAAGAAGGUUUUGGCGAUCCCCUGAUUUCUGCUUGGGGAAGGUUCCUCCUACAGUGCUGUUGGUACGCCUGUUAUCUGUUAUUUUGUAUUAUGUGUACUCGAUGUUGUGUUUUUUUUGUUCUUCAGCUGGGUUGCAGUCAGGUGCAGGAUCUAUGUGGAAAUGGUAAUAUGCUUGGAGGCUCAAAAAUAUUUAGUGCAGAAAAAUCAUGA